CUAACCUGCCUGGGUUCCUUCAACCGAGAGCAGGAGGGUUGGAGGAGAGACAAUGACUGGGUGUGGCGGAGAGAUGGAGAGGAGGAUGAGGAGAUCAUAUGGAUGAUGGAUGAAGAGGAGAAGAAGAAGGGGAACAGCUUCCUUGUCAACCUGGAAGAGAGAACUGGAGGGGGGAUAUUUACAUGUCACAGCCUGGAUAAAACCCUCCUGAAGAAUACUACAGUGCUGGUCAAACACUUGGACGAAGAGAAACGCAUUCUAGAAGGAUCCACCAGAACAGGCUUUAUGAAAUGUUCAACACAGAACUACCAAGGAAGGUUCCACUGCUCCUGGAAAUUCACCCCUACACGUUUUGGGACUGUUAUGUUUGUCAAAGUGGCACGUGGCCUGUCUGAUGCGGAGAACAUCAGCUGUUCUGUGGAUGCCAGUGGACAGCAGUGGACAUGUUCCUCUUUGUCUGGCCAGAGUGACAUCAUGUGUUCUGUGAACAGUAGUGGACUGGGGUUGUCCUGUGUGGACAGACAGUAUUGUCCCUAUGCUGAGGAGACUGACCGGAUCACCCUGACCAUCUACAUGAGGACUAACUACCUGCUGGAGGAAUACUCCAAACGCUUCUACAUAUCAGAGAUAGUGAAGCCAGACAAUGUAUACAUUAAGGAGGUGAACAGCAGUACUAUAGAGUGGAGCUAUCCUGUCUCCUGGAACAGACCCAUCUCCUACUUUCCCCUCUCUUUCCAGGUCAAAGAAAUCGAAGGCAGAAAGUGCAAGAAUGGGUGCACGUGUGAUUCUCCCUACACAGAGGUUCACACCACAGAGAGCAGCCAGUGGUCAGUCAAGGCCAAGGUGACGGUGUGUGUCAGGGCCCAGGAUGCCCUAUGUGACUCCCCCUGGAGCGACUGGACAGAGUACAGGCAGCAGGACGGGCAGCAGCAUGACAGGCAGCAGGACGGGCAGCAGCAUGACAGGCAGCAGGACGGGCAGCAGCAUGACAGGCAGCAGGACGGGCAGCAGCAUGACAGGCAGCAGGACGGGCAGCAGCAUGACAGGCAGCAGGACGGGCAGCAGCAUGACAGGCAGCAGGACAGGCAGCAGCAUGACAGGCAGCAGGACGGGCAGCAGCAUGACAGGCAGCAGGACGGGCAGCAGCAUGACAGGCAGCAGGACGGGCAGCAGCAUGACAGGCAGCAGGACGGGCAGCAGCAUGACAGGCAGCAGGACGGGCAGCAGCAUGACAGGCAGCAGGACGGGCAGCAGCAUGACAGGCAGCAGCAACACUCAUGUCUCCCUCAACUGCCUUGA